UAAAAGUGUCAAGCAUAUAACCAUAUAAAAUUUGUAGUAUGCUGGAAGUGUUUGAAGGAUGCCUAAAAUCGAUUAAAGCUCAGCCAUAUACAAGUUAAGCAUUAAGUUUAAUAUAUACAGCUUAAUUGAAGUGAUGGAUUUUAGAUAUUCCUAUGAAGAAUAUAUUCCUAUUCAAAAAUGAACCUAAACAGAUGUUAACCAUGAAAGCACAGGUGGAUGUGGUCUGCUGUAAAUCAGUAGGAACUGAUCUGUCCAUGCUGGAUAUUGAGGAUUUCAUCACAGAAAUCUGUCAGCUGAAGAAAGAGGUGGCUUCACUGGAGGCAAAGCUGAGAGAAAGAGGAGACAAACUGUACAGAGAGGAUGUGGAGCAGGUUUGGGUGCGUGAGACUGAUGGGACAGAAGCUCAGGAUUCAGUCUGGAGCGUCAGAGAUCAGAGAUCCAGAGACACACAGGACUCAGAGCUCAGCCUCACUUUACUCUGUUAUACUGACGCUCAGGAUCAUGAAUCCACUGAUCAAACCUCUGACUGUAACGCUGGAGAACAGCAGAUGCUGCAGACGCCGCUGAAGAUGUGCUCCGUCAAACUGGUGGACUGCAGGAACCUGAUCGAGAGCAGAGGAGAAGAAACCACCGCAGAUAAUCAACAACACACUGAUGAGGAAGAGGAGGAGGAGGAGAAUAAUGAUGAGGAUGAUGAUGAUUGUGCUGAGAAUAAUGGGGAGGAAGAUGAUGAUGAUGAAGAUUUCAUUCCUCCAGAUGAUAAAGGCUGUUCAUCUUCUGAUGGAGAGACAGACUUAACAUCUAAAGAGCAGCUGACGGUCAAGAGUUUCUCCUGCAGCACCUGUGGAAAAACACUGAGUUCAGAGGGCCAUUUAAAGAGACACGAGAGAACACACACAGAACAGAAAAGCUUUAGAUGUAGGAGAUGCAACAUCAGCUUUCCUACCGCAGAAGAGAGGAGAAUUCAUUCAAAAGAGCACAGCGGAAAGGAGGAGUUUCACUGUGAACAGUGCGGGAAAGAUUUCAGCACCAAAGCAAAUCUUGUUGUUCAUAAGCGAAUCCACACGGGAGAAAGACCAUACAAGUGUCCUCACUGCGGGAGAAGAUUCAAUUACGGAUCUCAUCUGAAGAAACAUAUACGUUUCCACACUAAUGAGAGACCGUAUCAGUGCAGUGAAUGUGGGAAAACCUUUACAAACUCAAGCUCUCUAAAGUCACACCAGAGAAUCCAUUCUAAUGAGAAACCGUAUCAGUGCAAACACUGCGACAGACGAUUCCGUCAGAUUGCUAAUCUGAAUUGUCAUGAGAGGACACACACCGGAGAGAAACCAUAUCUGUGCUCCUACUGCGGGAAGAGUUUUUCAAAUCCAUCUCAUUUUAUAUUUCAUAAGCGAGGCCACACUGGAGAAAAACCAUAUCACUGCAGCAUCUGUGGGAAGAGUUUCAGUAAACAUAGUACAUUUAGAAACCACAAGAGGACUCAUACUGGAGAAAGACCGUUCAAAUGCUCACAGUGUGAAAAGACGUUUGCUCGAUCAGACGUCCUUAAGGUCCAUCAGCGAGUUCAUACAGGAGAGAAACCUUACUCCUGCUCCAUCUGCGGCGAGAGAUUCGCUUAUUUAGGUAGUUUUCAGACCCACCAGAACAAACACACUAAAGAACAAACUGCUCCAGAAUCAUCAGAGAGUGCUCCUUCCCAGGAUCCUCCAUGUAAAUUACCCCCUAUGUUGAGCAUGAAAGCGCAGGUGGAUGUGCUCUGCUGUAAAUCAGUAGGAACUGAUCUGUCCAUGCUGGAUAUUGAGGAUUUCAUCACAGAAAUCUGUCAGCUGAAGAAAGAGGUGGCUUCACUGGAGGCAAAGCUGAGAGAAAGAGGAGACAAACUGAACAGAGAGGAUGUGGAGCAGGUUUGGGUGCGUGAGACUGAUGGGACAGAAGCUCAGGAUUCAGUCUGGAGCGUCAGAGAUCAGAGAUCCAGAGACACACAGGACUCAGAGCUCAGCCUCACUUUACUCUGUUAUACUGACGCUCAGGAUCAUGAAUCCACUGAUCAAACCUCUGACUGUAACGCUGGAGAACAGCAGAUGCUGCAGACGCCGCUGAAGAUGUGCUCCGUCAAACUGGUGGACUGCAGGAACCUGAUCGAGAGCAGAGGAGAAGAAACCACCGCAGAGAAACAACAACAACACACUGAUGAGGAAGAGGAGGAGGAGGAGGAUGAGAAUAAUGGGGAUGAUGAUGAUGAUGAUGAUGAUUUCAUUCCUCCAGAUGAUAAAGGCUGUUCAUCUUCUGAUGGAGAGACAGACUUAACAUCUAAAGAGCAGCUGACGGUCAAGAGUUUCUCCUGCAGCACCUGUGGAAAAACACUGAGUUCAGAGGGCCAUUUAAAGAGACACGAGAGAACACACACAGAACAGAAAAGCUUUAGAUGUAGGAGAUGCAAAAUCAGCUUUCCUACCGCAGAAGAGAGGAGAAUUCAUUCAAAAGAGCACAGUGGGAAGAAGGAGUUUCACUGUGAACAGUGCGGGAAGGUUUUUUUCAUUCAUUCUAGUCUAAAAGUUCACUUAAAGACUCACAGUGAAAAGUCGUUCCACUGCAGUGAAUGUGACAAGUAUUUCAGCACCAAAGGAAGUCUUGUUGUUCAUAAGCGAAUCCACACGGGAGAAAGACCAUACAAGUGUCCUCACUGCGAGAGAAGAUUCAAUUACGGAUCUCAUCUGAAGAAACAUAUACGUUUCCACACUAAUGAGAGACCGUAUCAGUGCAGUGAAUGUGGGAAAGCCUUCACAAACUCAUUCACUCUAAAGUCACACUUGAGAAUCCAUUCAGAUGAGAAACCGUAUCAGUGCAAACACUGCGACAAACGAUUCAGUCAAAGUUCUAAUAUGAAGAGUCAUGAGAGGAUUCACACCGGAGAGAAACCAUAUCUGUGUGCCCACUGCGGGAAGAGCUUUUCUGAUCCACGUUCUUUUACAUUUCAUAAGCGAGUCCACACCGGAGAAAAACCAUAUCACUGCAGCGUCUGUGGGAAGAAUUUCAGUAAACAUAAUACAUUUCGAAACCACAAGAGGACUCAUACUGGAGAAAGACCGUUCAAAUGCUCACAGUGUGAAAAGACAUUUGCUCGAUCAGACGUCCUUAAGGUCCAUCAGCGAGUUCAUACAGGAGAGAAACCUUACUCCUGCUCCAUCUGCGGCGAGAGAUUCGCUUAUUUAGGUAGUUUUCAGACCCACCAGAACAAACACACUAAAGAACAAACUGCUCCAGAAUCAUCAGACGCUGCAGAAAGAAAGACGGUUGGUGGCAUGAUGUUGAUCAUGAAAGCGCAGGUGGAUGUGGUCUGCUGUAAAUCAGUAGGAACUGAUCUGUCCAUGCUGGAUAUUGAGGAUUUCAUCACAGAAAUCUGUCAGCUGAAGAAAGAGGUGGCUUCACUGGAGUCAAAGCUGAGAGAAAGAGGAGACAAACUGAACAGAGAGGAUGUGGAGCAGGUUUGGGUGCGUGAGACUGAUGGGACAGAAGCUCAGGAUUCAGUCUGGAGCGUCAGAGAUCAGAGAUCCAGAGACACACAGGACUCAGAGCUCAGCCUCACUUUACUCUGUUAUACUGACGCUCAGGAUCAUGAAUCCACUGAUCAAACCUCUGACUGUAACGCUGGAGAACAGCAGAUGCUGCAGACGCCGCUGAAGAUGUGCUCCGUCAAACUGGUGGACUGCAGGAACCUGAUCGAGAGCAGAGGAGAAGAAAUCACCGCAGAGAAACAACAACACACUGAUGAGGAAGAGGAGGAGGAGGAGGAUGAGAAUAAUGGGGAGGAUGAUGAUGAUUUCAUUCCUCCAGGUGAUAAAGGCUGUUUAUCUUCUGAUGGAGAGACAAACUUAACAUCUAAAGAGCAGCUGACGGUCAAGAGUUUCUCCUGCAGCACCUGUGGAAAAACACUGAGUUCAGAGGGCCAUUUAAAGAGACACGAGAGAAAACACACAGAACAGAAAAGCUUUAGCUGUAGGAGAUGCAAAAUCAGCUUUCCUACCGUAGAAGAGAGGAGAAUUCAUUCAAAAGAGCACAGCGGGAAGAAGGAGUUUCACUGUGAACAGUGCGGGGAGAUUUUUUUCAUUCAUUCUAGACUAAAAGUUCACUUAAAGACUCACGGUGAAAAGUCGUUCCACUGCAGUGAAUGUGACAAGUAUUUUAGCACCAAAGGAAGUCUUGUUGCUCAUAAGCGAAUCCACACGGGAGAAAGACCAUACAAGUGUCCGCACUGCGAGAGAAGAUUCAAUUACGGAUCUCAUCUGAAGAAACAUAUACGUUUCCACACCAAUGAGAGACCGUAUCAGUGCAGUGAAUGUGGGAAAGCCUUCACAAACUCAUUCACUCUAAAGUCACACUUGAGAAUCCAUUCAGAUGAGAAACCGUAUCAGUGCAAACACUGCGACAAACGAUUCCGUCAAAGAUCUGCUCUGAAUCUUCAUGAGAGGAUUCACACCGGAGAGAAACCAUAUCUGUGCGCCCACUGCGGGAAGAGCUUUUCAAAUCCAUCUCAUUUUAUAUUUCAUAAGCGAGUCCACACCGGAGAAAAACCAUAUCACUGCAGCAUCUGUGGAAAAAGUUUCAGUAAACAUAGUACAUUUCGAAACCACAAGAGGACUCAUACUGGAGAAAGACCGUUCAAAUGCUCACAGUGUGAAAAGACGUUUGCUCGAUCAGACGUCCUUAAGGUCCAUCAGCGAGUUCAUACAGGAGAGAAACCUUACUCCUGCUCCAUCUGCGGCGAGAGAUUCGCUUAUUUAGGUAGUUUUCAGACCCACCAGAACAAACACGCUAAAGAACAAACUGCUCCAGAAUCAUCAGAGUGACUUUCAUCAGUCAAUCUGGGAAAGAAAUCUUGUUUGGCUCGUCCUAAAAGUCUUCAUUGAGUUCUUACUGCCAGUAGGUGGCAGUGAACUUUUUAAUGUUGUGGAUUGAUCCAAGUGCUGUAUAUAAUGUAAUGUUUGACUGAGUAGAGCAAUGAUUUUCUGUUAAACAAGACAGAACUAUUAAAAAUCAUCAUCAAAAAAAAAAACACAGAAGUACCUGGAUUACAGUGGGGUAAAAAAGUAUUUAGUCAGCCGCCAAUUGUGUAAGUUCUCCCACUUAAAGCUCCUGUUUUUAGUUUUUUUUUUUUUUAAGCUUUAAUUGUGCUUACAGUGUGCAAUAUAACGUGUUCAUGUUUUGCGUGUAAAAAAACACAGUAUUUUUCAAUCAAUUCACCUAUCUGUAUACCGCUGUUUUCACUGUCCCAAAAUGGGCUGAUGACUUCCUAGUUCUAUAAGUCCCUCCUUCAGAAAUACGUAACAAGUUCUGAUUGGGCCAGCGGUUCCUGUGUUGUGAUUCGACAGCAGCUGAGCGCAUGCUGCCCUCCUGGAAACGCGAUUGGGCUAGUUUUGGACAAGUUUUGAGAAGCAAGUGUGCAGGAGCAUGUGCUGGAGAUGUACUUCUAAACACAGAACGCCUUUACAUUCUCUAUUUUGCACAGCCCUACAAUCUAGUUAAAAAAGCUAAACAGCGUUGCCCUUUGUGUAAUCAGUUACAGAAACCGUUAAAUGCACCAACUUAAAUAAUAAAAUACACUUACCGGUUGUGGUCCAUAAACAAUGCCUUCUCCAGACAAAGAGGGAACUGCUCCAUGUUUCAAGAAUUAUGUUUGUGCGAAUCCGGCAUUAAACUGAUUGAGAUUGAGGAAGCUGUCCUCAGCAAAAUGUGCUGCACAUAGUUUUACAUGUGGAUUAUAAUUUUCGGGAACCGAGUUAAACAUAAAUUGUAACCAUUAAUCUCCAAAUACAGCGUCCCUGUGAAGGCCAAACAAAGAUGAUUGGACUCCGAGAUGAAAAUAACAGCGUUUCGACGACAUGGCGACAAACACAAACGCAGCUCUUCCUUCUUCUCCGUCGGAGCGCAACAAGACCACGCCCCCCUGUUUGUGUAUUCAUGUGGGCGGAGGUUAGUCAAAAACUGUUUUAGUGACGUCAUUACUGCAGGAAUUAGAGGGAUGUAGUCCAAACGGGUCAUUUUUUGUAGGCGAAUUCUGUUAAAUAAAAUAUCUCGCUUGGCAUUGAACUUUGAGCUUUAGAAUUUUACAGAUAUAAUUUAUACUCUAAUGACAACAUUAGGGCCAUUUCAUAGUCAACGCAUCUGUAAGCAUACACGUCCCCGAGGCUACGCAUCGUUACGCUCCGGCCGCCAUUAUGCGUCGGUGCGUAGCCAAAUGUGUCGUCCUAGUUUUUGAUAUGCAACGCGCCGAUUCACGCAAUACUAUGCGUUGUCGGUGGGGGCGACAUUGCAAGUAUUGUACAUUCAUUCAAGUAUAUUGUGUUUACAGAAGAAGAAGGUUUGAAUACAAUGGCAGGUGAAGAGGAAAAAUUAUGAACUUAUACGUAUUCAUCCACAUUUAUACGAUAGUUCAUCAGCAACAGAAUACACUCCUCUUCAGUUGCCAUUGUGAUCUGAAUAUCACGCGACUCGACUCUACUAAUAUCACCCGUCUCUACUACCCCCUGUUGCGUCAGCGGUGUAUUGCAUACACGCAUCACCCGUGACGCUUGUGUUCACUGUUUAGACUAUGAAAGGGAGCGCGUCGCUCGCGUUGCUUGCUCGCGUUUCUCGUGUUUACUAUGAAACGGCCCUUACACACUAAGAAUUUUACAGAUAUAAUUUAAACUCUAACGACAACAUUACACACUAACUAAAGUUUAAAACAUGGGAUCACGAAGAACGGGACCUUUAAAAAGAUGAGAGAGGCCUGUAAUUUUCAUCAUAGGUACACUUCAACUAAAAGAGACAAAAUGAGAAAAGAAAGAAAUCCAGAAAAUCAAAUUGUAGAAUUUUUUAUGAAUUUAUUUUAGCAAAUUAUGGUGGAAAAUAAGUAUUUGGUCAAUAACAAAAGUUUAUCUCAAUGCUUGGUUAUAUACCCUUCGUUGGCGAUGACAGAUGUCUAACAUUUUCUGUAUUUCUUCACAAAGUUUUCACACUCUGUUGCUGGUAUUUUGGCCCAUUCCUCCAUGCAGAUCUCCUUUAGAGCAGUGAUGUUUUUGGGCUGUCACUGGACAACAAAGACUUUCAACUUCCUCCUAAGAUUUUAUAUGAGGCUGAGAUCUGGAGACUGGCUAGGCCACUCCAGGACCUUGAAAUGCUUCUUACAAAGCCACUCCUUCAUUGCUCGGGUGUGUUUGGGAUCAUUGUCAUGCUGAAAGUCCCAGCCACGUUUCAUCUUCAGUGCCCUUGCUGAUGGAAGGAUGUUUCUACUCAAAAUGUCAUUAAAUAUGUCCCCCUUCAUUCUUUCGUUUACACGGAUCAGUCGUCCUGAUCACUUUGCAGAAAAACAGCCCCAAAGCAAAAACCAAAACACAAAAUAAAGCCCAGGCCUGGUCGUCGCUCCUCUUUUGUAUCUUUCCAAUCUCCUCUGUGGGACGAGAGAUCGGUGAGUGUCUAAUUUCCAAAUCACUCCACCGGCUUGCUCUGCUCCCACUACCCUUGGCCCCGUGCUCCACCCCUUCUCCACCACUCGCGGUGACCUGCGGGAACCUGGGGGAAGAACAGACGAGCCGAGAGAAAAGGAGAUGGAAGGAUGAGGGGAGAGAGGACAGCAACGGCUCCUCUGGUUUUGGGCAUCCGGCAGGAGUGACCCGUUCCCUGCUCCUCCCAAUCGUGGCGGACAGCAGCAGGCUCCAGCCCCCUGAUGAAUGGCGCCGACUCCUCCGCUCCCUCAUGGAUGGCAGCCGCCCCUCCACAUCGUGGCCAGCAGUGAGUUCGUCUGUCCCCAGCAACUCACUACAGCCCACCGCCUCGAGCGUCGACGGCGGCACUCUCCCUCGACUUGCUCGAUGGCACCACGGGUUUACCCCAGAGGCAAGGGAUCUUCAGGAGUGCAUCCCUCCUUCCUCCUGGGUUUUGGCACCAGUGUAAUGAUAUACAAAAACUUCACAAUCGGGGGAAGAAGGAGGCGGGAACCGGCCGACAAUUAAAUGAAACUUUAAUUACCAAAAUCAACACAAAACAGCGCUACAGCCCCUCGCGGAUGAAAAAAAAAACACAAAAUAAAGCCCAGGCCUGGUCCUCUCUCGUCCUUCACUGUCAUCGUUCCUCUUUUGUAUCCUUCCGAUCUCCUCUGUGGGACUCAAGACCGGUGAGUGUCGCAGGUGUCACUCUUUACCAAAUCACUCCAUCGGCCUCGCUCCGUUCCCACGGCUCUCAGCCCGCCCCACUUGUCAAAUACUGGCUUAAGCAGGGGGACAGAUCUAGCACUGCAGGAUUUGAGACCCUGGUGGCAUGAGAGCCAGAAAUCUUCCUUGUUUGUAGGUCACCAAAUACUUAUUUUCCACCAUAUUUGCAAAUAAAUUCAUUAAAAAUCCUACAAUGUGAUUUUUCUGGAUUUUUUUUUUUUCAUUUCGUCUCUCAUAGUUGAAGUGUACCUAUUGCACAAUUGUUGGCUGACUAAAUACUUUUUUGCCCCACUGUACAUAAGGCUGUUAAUCCUAUUUUAUGUGAUGAAGUGGCAUAAAGAUUGAGAGAGUACAUCACCUGUGCAUUCUAUUUUUAUUUUCAUUGCUGAGAGGGAUUCAAAGAGCCAUGGUUUAUUAAUUAUCCAUUUAAUUACUGUUCUUACAUAGCGUGUAUGCUGCCAUGUAAGGUAAGAUAUUUAUUGGAUAGAAGUGAAAAAUAAUUUUGUGGCAUCUACUUUAACUUCACUGUAAUGUCAGAUAGAAUUAAAGUGUAUGUGUGUUUGGAUUAUUGA